CGCACUGUCGAGCGCCCCUUGCGAGAGCAGGCCGGGAGCUGGUCUCACGGGACGGCCCCCCAAAACCUCCCCUCCCGCUGCCCACAUUGCGCGCGUGGAGCUGUGGCAGAUCCUCCCUCGCUCCCGGGGAGGCCCCCAAGGCUCCGGUCUCGGCGCAUCUUUCCCGCAAAGGGGUGAAGCUGGAGUUCCCGUUUGACAGCUGGGAAAAAAAUGGCCUGAAGACCGGGACUUGCCCAGGAACACACAGCUAGGCAAGGGCAGACUGGAAUUUGAAUUCAGGUUUCUUGCAACACUCCCAUCCUGGCUAGGCGUGGUGCUGCCCAUCCCACAACACUAGAUGGCCUGCCCACCUCUUGUAGUGGGGUGAGGGGCACCUACCGCUCUCCAAGGGGCUCUGAAGCCAGCCUUCUUCAUGGGUGGUAAGAUGUGAGGGACUCCCACCCCCACCCCGAGCUGCCUGAAAUUCCGCCAUCACAGCCACAUUCCUUUGGGUUAAGGUCUAAUUCCCCCGUGGGAUGCACAUGUCUCCAAAACGAGGCUUGUCCUUAGUGAUUCACUGCUCUACAGGAACGUCCGCAGCAGCUCUCCCAGGACCCCACUCUGCCAGUAAGUCAGCCGAGGCCAAGAGGAGGGAGAGAAAGGACCUCCCAGCCCAGACUGUGAGCUAGUCAGCCCUGCUCCUGCGUGGGAGGGGUCGUUAGCAGGGCUUAGGGAAGGAGACCUUGGUCUGGUAUCGUGGAAACAUUUGCUCUGGAGGCAGAUGAACUGGAUUCUGAUCCUGACUCUGCUAUUUGCUCCUUGUGUGACUUUGGAGCCAUGAGCCCCCAGAUCCUGCUGCUUCUGGCCCUGCUGACCCUAGGCCUGGCUGCGCAACACCAAGAAAAAGUGCCCUGUAAGAUGGUAGACAAGAAGGUCUCAUGCCAGGGCCUGGGCCUGCUUCAGGUCCCCUUGGGGCUCCCACUGGACACCGAGACCCUCGAUCUAUCUGGGAACCAGCUGCAGAGUAUCCUGGUCUCUCCCCUGAGCCUCUACACGGCACUUCGUCACCUCGACCUGAGCAGCAACGAGAUCAGUUCCCUCCAGCCAGGAGCCUUCCAGGCCCUGCCCUACCUGCAGCACCUCAGCCUGGCCCACAACCGGCUGGCAGUGGGCACUGUACUGAGUACUGGCGGCCUGGGCCCCCUGCCACACGUGACCUCCCUGGACCUGUCUGGGAACAGCCUGUACAGCGGCCUGCUGGAGCAGCUGCUGGAGGAGGCGCCCCGCCUGCAUACCCUCUCACUGGCGGAGAACAGUCUGACUCGCCUCACCCACCACACCUUCCGGGGCAUGCCUGCGCUAGAGCGGCUUGACCUACAUAGCAACGUGCUGAUGGACAUCGAGGACGGCGCCUUCGAAGCCCUGCCCCGCUUGAUCCAUCUCAACCUCUCCAGGAAUUCCCUCACCUGCAUCUCUGACUUCAGCCUCCAGCAGCUGCGGGUGCUGGACCUGAGCUGCAACAGCAUCGAGACCUUUCAGACGGCCCCCAAGCCCCAGGCCGAGUUCCAGCUCACCUGGCUUGACCUGCGGGAGAACAAACUGCUCCAUUUUCCUGACCUGGCCGUGUUCCCGAGACUCAUCUACCUGAACAUGUCCAAUAACCUCAUCCGGCUCCCCACAGGGCCACCCCAGCACAGCAAGGCCAUCCACGCACCUUCCGAGGGCUGGUCAGCCCUGCGCCUCUCAAACCCCAGGGGGAACGCCAGCGCCCACCCCCUUUCCCAGCUCUCGAAUCUGGAUUUGAGCUACAAUGAGAUUGAGCUCAUCCCCGACAGCUUUCUUGAGCACCUGACCUCCCUGUGCUUCCUGAACCUCAGCCGAAACUGUUUGCGGGCUUUUGAGGCCCGGCGCUCAGGCUCCCUGCCCUGCCUGAUGCUCCUGGACUUAAGCCACAAUGCCCUGGAGGCACUGGAACUGGGCACCAGAGCCCUGGGGUCCCUGCGGACGCUGCUCCUUCAGGGCAAUGCCCUGCGGGACCUGCCCCCAUACACCUUUGCCAACCUGGCCAGCCUGCAGCAUCUCAACCUGCAGGGGAACCGGGUCAGCCCCUGUGGGGGUCCGGAUGAGCCUGGCCCCUCCAGCUGUGUGGCCUUCUCCGGCAUCUCCUCCCUCCGCAGCCUGAGCCUGGUGGAUAAUGAGAUAGAGAUGCUCAGGGCAGGGGCCUUCCUCCGAACCCCACUGACUGAGCUGGACCUCUCUUCCAACCCUGGGCUAGUGGUGGCCAGGGGGGCCUUGGCAGGUCUGGAGGUCUCCUUGGAGGUCCUGGCACUGCAGGGCAAUGGGCUGGCGGUCCUGCAGGUGGACCUGCCCUACUUCAGCUGCCUCAAGCAGCUCAAUCUUGCCGAGAACCGCCUGAGCCACCUUCCCGCCUGGACACAGGCCGUGUCACUGGAGGUGUUGGACCUGCGGAACAACAGCUUCAGCCUCCUGCCAGGCAGUGCCAUGGGUGGCCUGGAGACCAGCCUCCGGCGCCUCUACCUGCAGGGGAAUCCACUCAGCUGCUGCGGCAAUGGCUGGCUGGCAGCCCAGCUGCACCAGGGCCGAGUGGACGUGGACGCCACCCAGGACCUGAUCUGCCGCUUCAGCUCUCAGGAGGAGGUGUCUCUGAGCCACGUGCGUCCCGAGGACUGUGAGAAGGGGGGGCUCAAGAACAUCAACCUCAUUAUCAUCCUCACCUUCAUACUGGUCUCUGCCAUCCUCCUCACCACGCUGGCCACCUGUUGCUGCCUCCGCCGACAGAAGUUUAAUCAACAAUAUAAAGCCUAAAGAAGCCGGGAGACACUCUAGGUCAGUGCAGGAGCCUGAGGUACAGAGAAGAGUGAGGCCUGACUCAAGGUCACACAGUGACCCAGGGUCCCAGAAUGCUGGUCCCCAAAUCGCAGCCCAGUACUUCUUUCUCUGCCACCUGCUGCAUCAGCAGGUGACUCCCUUCCCGGGCUGCACUUUGGGUCCAGCUGUGGAAGCCAGAGGUUGGGCGGUUUCAGGGACAGCAGAGAAUAAUGUUGACCCAUCAGAUCAACAAAUCUUCAAUGAGCAUCUAUUUUGUGCCACACCCUGCUCUGGGCACUGGGAAUGCUGGGAAAUGAGAUAUAUUCCUGCCCUCGAGAAUCUCCCAGUCUGGUAGGAGGGGUUGCUGCAGAGCCACACAGUGACCACGCAGUGUGCUCAGGGCUCAGGGCCUGAGGAGUGAAAGCCCAGGGGUCUGGAGCUCGGCAGGCCCUGCUGGUUCAGGCCAGAGUCCGGCUCCGGCAGUGCCAGGGCCAGGGAGGGCCAAGCCUGGGAGGAUUUGUCUGAGACAUUUCAAAGCAGACUGUUUGUCACAUCCGAUAAUGACUUUCAGCCGCUCUGAAAAUGAAGCGCUUAUGACCGAAAGAGAGAACUGGAGCCGUCCGAGUGUGUCUUGGAUCUGGUGCUGUUAGGUGGGCUGUGGCGGCUCCAGCAGGGUCUGGUUAAGGGGUCCAGCCCAGCGCUGGGCCAUUCUGUCUCCUGCCCUGGACAGGCCCUCUCUCUACCUGGCACUCUCAUGUUGCACACCCUGACCCUAGUACUGCUCUAAGCCCCUCCCUGCCCAGCCCCGCUUCUCCAUCCCAGCCCCACCUUGGCUGCUGCGCCAGGAGCUAGAAUCUUAGAUGUCUGGUUCUGUUUUGCACCAGCUUGGCAGAUGUGGAUGUGAAUCGAGCCUUGUGUCUGCCCCUAUAUGACAGCCCCUAGAGGUUGGUAUUUUAUGCCUAUUUUAUAAAAGAGGAAACUGAAGUUCUGCAAAUCUCCCUUCAGGGCCCCAGCUAACUAAUGCCAUAGGUGAGAUUCAAACCCUCAUCCUUCUGUCUCCAGGGCCUGGAUCUUUGCCACUGCAAGGGCUGCAGGCCAUUAAGAGGACAGGAAGUGGUCCCACAUAGCCCAAGCAGGGUCUGGAAGCAUCUUGUGCCAUGCACAUCUGCUCUCUCCUCUCUCCCAGGCAGGCAGCCGCAGGCUCUCUCCUCCUCCUUAUUUCCCUCCUCCCCUCAUUUGCACCCUGGUAUGGGUUCGCCUGUUCUCUCCUUGCUCUUGCAUUCUCUCACUCCCUUUUCCUCUAUUGAGCAGAGCCUGGAGUUUGAGACUAUUGAAUCCAGCCCCGGCCCAUUGCAUAGAUGGGGAAACUGAGGUUCAGAAAGAGAAUGAAACAGAGAGCUGUACAAGUCAAUGUCAGAAGAGUCAGACCUUAUUUGGUGGGAUGAGAUGGGGGUUGGACCAGAGUGAUGUCCUCUCUUGGCUGUCACAUCACAAGAUAAUGCUGGCUCCAAACUUCCUUUCUGUAUGUCAUCUUGCAAGGAUUUUUUUUUCCCUCUAAAAAAGCAGGUAGAAUUGCUCACCCAGAUGACCCCUGUCCCUCAUACCAUGGAGUCAUGAACUGUCUGGGAAGAAUGGAAGCCCUGGGACCAACCCAAGACCCUGUGUGACUGUCUUCAUCAGCUUACCUGUGCUUGGCCCACAGUCUGGCUCAUGAUGUGAACUCAGUAAUGUGUGAUAAAAUGAAAACGCCACGUCUCCAUCCCAUUUUGCAGAUAAGAACACCAAGGCCCGGAGGAGUUAAGGGAGAGUCAAUGGGCAGAGAGCCAGGGCUAGGCCCCGGUGAUGCAUGGAGCAGCCAGGCAGACCCAGUCCUGGCUGGGAUCAGGACCACAGGUGCUACUGCACAUAACGCUCUUCCUUAGGCCUGGAGGCCAAGGUAUGGGUUCCCACGCCUGAUCUUUGAAAACACUACACAAUGCUGCUGUCAAUUCCCAGGACCCAGGCCACAGCCCAGGCCUAGGGCCCAGCUCUUUGUAUAACCUACCUGAAUGUAUUAAAAGCAUAUUUUGGAGAAGCA